AUGGCAUUUAAGUUCUUGGCUCUCCUGGCUCUAGUUGCCGCCGCCAGCGCUGGUGUCCUGCCCGCCGCUCAGGUGUACCAUGCAGCUCCCGUUUCCGUUCCCGUGGCCGCUGCUGUGGUCAAAACGGUGGCCCAUCCUGUCCUGGCCAAGGCCGAUGAGGAGUACGACCCUCAUCCGCAGUACAAGUUCGCCUACGAUGUACAGGACUCGCUGUCCGGUGACUCCAAGAGCCAGGUGGAGGAGCGUGACGGCGAUGUGGUCCGCGGCGAGUAUUCCCUGAUCGAUGCCGAUGGCUUCAAGCGUAUUGUGCAGUACACCUCGGAUCCGGUUAAUGGUUUCAAUGCCGUGGUCAACAGGGAGCGCCUGGUGGCCAAGGCCAUUGUCAAGGCCGUUGCCCCGGUGGCCUAUGCCGCCGCCCCCGUCUAUCAUCACUGA